AGCCCGGGCGCGGCCGCCGCCCCGGGCAGGGCCCUCUGCGCUCUCGUGCUGGCCACGCUCGGCUCCGCCGCCGGCCGCCCGCUCGGGGCAGAGUCUGUGUGCACCGCCCCGGCCCUGGCCAAGUACAGCGUCACCUUCACGGGCAAGUGGAGCCAGACGGCCUUCCCCAAGCAGUACCCGCUGUUCCGGCCCCCCGCGCAGUGGUCGUCCCUGCUGGGGGCAGCGCACGGCUCUGACUACAGCAUGUGGAGGAAGGACCAGUACGCCAGCAACGGGCUCAGGGACUUUGCCGAGCGCGGUGAGGCCUGGGCCCUGAUGAAGGAGAUCGAGGCUGCUGCAGAGAAGCUCCAGAGUGUGCACGAGGUGUUCUCGGCCCCUGCUGUCCCCAGUGGCACCGGGCAGACGUCCACGGAGCUGGAGGUCCGCUCCAGGCACUCAUUAGUGUCCUUCGUGGUACGCAUCGUCCCCAGCCCCGACUGGUUCGUGGGCAUUGACAGCCUGGACCUGUGCGAUGGGGACCAAUGGAAGGAGCACGUGGCCAUGGACCUUUACCCCUACGACGCAGGGACAGAUAGCGGCUUCACCUUCUCUUCCCCCAACUUUGCAACAAUCCCACAGGACACAGUGACCGAGAUAACGUCCUCCUCUCCCAGUCACCCAGCGAACUCAUUCUACUACCCGCGGCUGAAGUCUCUGCCUCCGAUCGCCAGCGUGACCCUGGCGCGGCUCCAGCAAAGCCCCAGGGCCUUUGUCCCACCCGCCCUGGACCUGGCCAGCAGGGACAAUGAGAUCUUCGACAGCCUCUCAGUUCCAGAAACGCCACUGGACUGCGAGGUGUCGCUGUGGUCGUCCUGGGGCCUGUGCGGAGGUCCCUGCGGGGAGCCUGGCUCCAAGAGCAGGACACGCUACGUCCGCGUGCAGCCCGCCAACGAUGGCACCCCCUGCCCCAAGCUCGAGGAGGAGACCGAGUGUGUCCCUGACAACUGCGUCUAGGACCCCAGCCUGCAGCAUCUCAGCCCCUCGAGCCCCGGGGGACUCAGGUCUCGGCCCGAGGCCUGCGGCAGGCAGGUGGCCAGGGAGGAGGGCGCGGCUGACACCCCCGCCCCGUCCAGGCCCCUCCUUCCUGCACGCUGCCUUCUCCUGGUCACCCCAGGCCCUGUCUGCACGCACAGUCCUUCUUUCGCACGGAUAAGUUAAUCCCCGGAGCACAGAGUCUCUACUCUAAAUUAUGUCCCGUUGUAAUUUAUUAUGGCACCGGGAGGUUUCUCUUUCAUGCAGAGCACAUCCACCCCAGCACUCGGUCGGAUGACACCCAGGCUGGACCGUCCCCGCCCGGGGUGCUGGCGUGAAGCUUCCACGUUCGUGGCUCCGGCCCUGCGCAGGGGCCACAGUUGCACAGGGGCGUCUCAGAAGCUUCACUCCCAUGUUACAGAUCUUCUCGCAUUUUAAUAAAGACUGUCUCUGUUUCUGAAAAAUA